UAAUUAAUAAGCAUCAGUUUGCGUCGAGCGGCUCAGCAGCUCGCGGGUCGCCGCGCUGCGCCCUGGGGGCCGGGGGGCUCCGCUAGCCUCGUGUUUUCCCUACACACGUGACGGUCGCCGGAAAGGCGGCGGGUUGUUGACACGUUGCCUAGCGACGGGCGCGAGUGUGGGGCGCGUGCUGGCGUCGGGAGCGGUUGGUGCCUCGCCCCAACGGACCCCGCCGAGGGGCCCUUGCGGGCGGCGCAGGGUCUGUACUUUGGUUCUUGUCCCUGGCGGACGCUGCUGGGGAGAUGGUAGUGGAGAAGGGAAGUUCGAGCCCCCCAAAGGCCGUAGGUGACAGGCGGCCCCAGCAGCAGGAGCCACUGGGGCACGUGAAGAAAAGCAAGCAGCAGGUCAGCGAUGGAUUCACUGUCAAAGCCAUGAUGAAAAACACCGUGGUAAGAGGUCCUCCAGUUGCAGGAGCAUUUAAAGAAAGACCAACAAAGCCCACAGUAUUUCGCAAGUUUUAUGAGCGAGGAGACUUCCCAAUUGCCCUUGAGCAUGAUACAAAAGGAAACAAAAUAGCCUGGAAGGUAGAGAUUGAGAAGCUGGACUAUCAUUAUUAUCUGCCUUUGUUUUUUGAUGGACUUACUGAAAUGACAUUUCCAUACGAGUUUUUUGCUCGGCAAGGAAUCCAUGACAUGCUGGAACAUGGUGGAAACAAGAUUCUUCCUGUCAUUCCUCAGCUCAUUAUCCCAAUAAAAAAUGCACUGAGCCUUCGUAACCGACAGGUCAUCUGCAUUACGCUGAAAGUCCUCCAGCACCUGGUGGUAUCAGCUGACAUGGUGGGGGAGGCCAUGGUGCCCUAUUAUCGGCAAAUCCUCCCAGUCCUAAACAUCUUUAAGAAUAUGAAUGAUGACAUGAGCCAAGGUCUCCUUUCCCUGUUCCUGAUGGGUUGUUCAGUUAAUUCAGGUGAUGGGAUAGACUACAGCCAGCAGAAGCGUGAAAAUAUUGGAGACCUGAUCCAAGAGACGCUGGAAGCCUUCGAGCGCUACGGUGGAGAGACUGCUUAUAUAAACAUUAAAUACAUGAUUCCUACUUAUCAGUCGUGCAUAUUAAACUAAGUUGUGUCAAAAGGGACGAUUCCAUUUGUGCUCUAAAAAAACUAUAUCUCACUCUGUGUGGCAUCUUGUUAGUCAUGCUUUUCUUCUCUACAGCUGCUAAAAUAGUGGCUUCUGGGGCAUUAGACUGUUAGCACUAUUGUGAACAAGUCUUUCCAAUACAUAAAUAGUGCCUGUUCCUUUGAUUACAAUGGUGUACUGUGCUUGUUUGUUCCACGAAAGAAUUGCUUCUUUAUAACAGAACUGACUGGAGCAGGAAUCAGAGUUAAACCUUCAGUUGUAUAGACAAUAAAACUAUAAUUUUCAUACGCAAUUCAGCAAUUCCUGUUCUGUGUCCGCUUGCCCUGAAGGUGAUGUCAGAGGCUGUAACAAGAAGAGUUUAUGCUGACUGCUUAAUAGGUGUUUGUCAUGGAAGAGAAACACCAGUUCAGCAAUGCUUCUCUGGCAGCUGUGCAGAAUAAUGUGCCUGACACACAGUAAAACUGUUCAAUGUAUAUACCAAUUAUAGUGGGAAAUUUUAUACAGCCCAUUUGAAAGCUCUGUCAUAAAAUUAAUAUUUCUUUCACAUUCAUGAUCUAGGCUUCCAGGUGUUUACCUUUUUAUGAAACUUGGGUUCCUAUUCGUUCCUAUCAGGCACAAGCGUAGUUUCAAAGAAAAAAAACAAGCAAAACUUGAAUAUAUCAGAUGGAGUAUGGAGUGUACAUAAUACAACACUCCCUGAUGGCACUGCUGAUCACGCUAAACACAGUAUAUAAAUAAUAUAUAAUAUAAAUAAGUAAUAUUAUUAUAUAGUAAGUAUAUAAUAUAUACUUAUUUAGAGGGCACUGGGUAGCAACACUAAAGUCUCUAUUGUUAGAGUAACCCUUUAGAAUUUCCUACUCAGUUAGUUUCUCCCUGCCCACCCAUAACAGGAAAUUGAUAUAGCCAUGCAUUUAAGGAGGCUAUCAAGAUUGACUUCAUUUCCUUUAUAAGCAUUCCUUUAAAAUAUAACUCUGAAAAAUAAAACAAGUUUUAUAAUUGUCAAGGACAACCAUUUGAAAAAUUGAGCCAGCCUGAAAGCAAAUCACGAGGUAUGAGCUUUGUCUAAAAAAGCUUGAGAUUUAAAAAAUUACAGACUUUGGACCCAUUUUGUUUUUAUUCUGGUUUCUGGGAGCUCUUAAAAUAUACACAAGUUGCACUUUCAAGUGUUUCCCUGUAAUUGUUAGGACUUGAAAUGUGCUCUUUUGUGUUAGAAGCAUGAGACUUUUUCCAAAUGCUUGUCCAUGUCCAUGUUCACACACUGCGAGGAGUGCCCGUGUGGGAGACAUGGCUUUUAUCCUGCCCUGCUCUCCUGGGUGAGUACAGGAAUUGUGGGGUGCACCUUACUGCCUGCAGAAACUUUGAGCUAGAUGUGUGUAGCUUUGCCUUACCCCAUUCCAUGGGCUCUUCAGCCUGAGGAUUUUUUUCUUUUUUUCUUUUAUUUUCUUUCCUGUAACAGAAGAAAAAGCUAGGAGGAAGAUUUGUUUUCUUCCUGCCUCUUUGAGGAACUGCUGCAUCCUGUGAUGCCACUGGCCAUGAGAGCUCACCAGUCCCCUGGUUUAGGCAUGACUGCUGCAGGUGUGCCUUUUUCCCAGGCUCUGGAGAGCUUUCUCUCCUUUUCUUUUUCUUUUUUUUUUUCCUGUUAUUUCUGAGUUUUCUUUUGCACAUUGCCAAGGCUUCUCUCAAGUCCCUAGAGUUUAGGUAGUGUCUAUCCUGUGAGUGACACACGCCUGUGAUGGGUGAGCACAUCAAAUACACUGCCUCGUAUUUAGGCUAUCAGUAAAUCUUUCACCUCCCAAGCAGAAAGGAAUGUGAAGCCUGUCUACAGGCAUAUUUCUUGGGAAAUGCUGUGGCUUCGUCUUCAAAACUAGCAGCACAGAGUCUAGAAGGAUGCUGCAGUGGGGCUACAACCACAUCUGCUCUUCCAAAAUGCCUUUCUAACUCUUCCUAAUCUCUUUCUAAAUAGAGCAUUUAUGGAACACAGAUCUAGGAGCUACUCCAGAGAAAGCUCCCAACUCAGAAAAGUCUGCGCAAGCAGAGUCAGCAGAGGUAAUAAACAUAAGAACUACAGGGGCUCUAACUUCCCCUCUCCGAGGAGGGUCCCUUCUCCCACAUCCCUCCUAGCACUAUCCAUAGAGCCUUUGCUUACAGUUGCUCCCCCUGUUUCACCUCAGAAGACCCCUGUCUUUGUCCCCUGCACCGAUGAGCCAUAUUUCUUCUUUUAAUGGCACCUAUGGAUUAUUCUUCUGAAAUUGCAGGUUUCCACAGUGAGUGCAAAGUGUGCUGGAGGACUACCGCUUGGAGGGAGCCGAGUUAUUCCACUCUGAAACAAAUCAAAUCAUGAAAAGUUUCAGGCCACCUUUCAUUUCUUAGCUAUUUAUAUUCUCAUCCUUAAGAGAAAGCCCAGUACCACUCAUAUGCCUUAGGUCAAGAAACUCCCCAAUAGCUGGCUUCAGUUCCACCGCCCUUCAGGCUCUGGCUGCAGAGCUGCCCGCAGAAGUGAUAGUGAAGGAAAGUGCUCUUGUCCUGGGACUUCCCCGUCCCACUGUCCUUCUGUGUCCCAGCAGCACUGCUGAGGAUGUGAUUAUGUUGCAGGCUCCUCCCCAACUUUGCGAGCCUGUUCCCUGACCCUCUCUUUUUGCAUCCCCUCCCCCUUUUGCUCAACUAGGACAAGAAUAGUGGCUGACAAAUAGAUGCCAGAUGUCAUGGAAAACGGGUACAUCGUGCAGCUCAAGACUUGCCCAGACCCGAUCCUCUCAGCUCCACUCUUUUUUUUUUUGGAGAUUCCUUUACAGGAUAUUGCUUUGACAAGGGUUGACCUUAUUGCAAACUGUAAGGGCAAUAGAAGUCAUCUCCAUUCAUAUCAGGAAUAAUGCGUUUUACCCCUAAGUUCUUUUACUUGCAUGUUCGAGUAGCCUCCAUCAUACUAUUUCUAUGACAGGGCCAUUACUUUAAAAAUGAAUGUUCUCCACAACCUUUUUAUCCUAAGAGCUGGAUUGAUAGAGAGAAACAUGAUAAAAACCACAGGUUGGCAAUUUAGGAACACCAAAAAUAAAGCUAUUUUAGGAUAUCAACUCGCUAUGUCCAACUGUAGGCCUGCCAACCUUGACAGUGUCCCUUUAAGCAUGAUCAGCAGCAUAUUUAUAGGCAAUUACAGCAUUGCUCAGAGCACUUUAUAAAGCACAAGAUCAAGGACCCAGGUGCUUAAAGCAUAUGAGUUAUAUUAUGUCAUUCAAUACACUGCUUAGCUAUUUUACUGUGAUCAAAAAUGGAAUUAUAGUUUCAAAAUAGUAACUGUCUCUCUUCUCAAACUCAUGUAAUUGUGGUCACCGAUAUUACAGGCAGCCAAUCAACAGUUUCUAAUUGUAAUCAAUUAAAAGGCAUUCUGGCUCAGAUUUUUCAAGUAGUAUAAAUUAAGCACAGCUCCAGUAAAAACAGCCUGGCUGUGCAGAGCUGAAGUGGGCUGUGUCUUAGUACAAAAUUUUUGUCUUCUGUUACUUUCUGGAUCUCCAGCCACCACAAGGUAAGUAGCAUCAGUAACGGACCCUGUAGG